AUGUCCGAAUACACAUCCACACGCGACGGCUUCCAGCGCGCUAUGGAAUGGAGCUUGACCGGCCCGCCCAAUGAAACAAAGCUGUACACGGAGGCUCUGUCAACACCCGACUUCUUCCAAAUCAUGAACGGCCAGCGCAUCUCAUAUGACGCCUACGUAAAGGGAAUCGAGGAAUGGCGCGCCAAGGUCAGCGCGUACAAGCCCGAGGUUCAGGAGUUUCUCCGCGAUGGUGACCAGCUGGCGGCGCGCAUGACGGGCACCAUCACCGUUGACGGGGUCGCCACUGAGUUUGAGAGCUUCAUGUUUGCUAAGGUGGAUGGGAGCGGCAGGAUGGAAUGGUUGAAGGAGAGAUCCGUCUGGGGCCCUGCGGGCGGGAAGCCCGAGCAUGGCGUUAAUUAG